CCUUCGCCGCUCUCGCGUCGCGUGCAAGAAGACCUUCACCAGCGUAGCCGUGAUGUUUGCUGCGCAAACGGAUAGCAUCGCAAAAAUGACCUCAGCACAAAAGUGGAGACUGGAAGAUGUCUUAGAGUGGUCUCCUGUACGUUUUGCAGAGGAGACAAAUGCGUGGGAAUGGAUAGAGAGAAUGUUGGAAAACGGGUUGUCAGCAAAGGAGCUCAUAACCACGAGGAGGAAGCUGUCCGAUUUGGAGACGGCAGUCGCCUUAAUGCACGUCUUCUGCACGGGCGGUUACUUGCGGCUGCUGCGGCUGGCACUGUCAGUGGACCCGAGAUUGUCAUCGGCGAGUCUAGACGGGAAGGGAUCGACGCCGCUGCACUUGGCAGCCGCGAACAGGAGAGACGCUGCAGUGCGUCUGCUGCUGGACGCGGGCGCCGACUGCGAGGAGAGAGACGGCCUCGGGCGCACGCCGCUCCACGUCGCCGCCGCCAGUGGCAGUAUCCACGCCUUGCGGCUGCUGUUGGAUGCCGGGGUUGACCCAGAGGUUCGGGACUCUGAAGGAAACACGGCGGUGCACUUCGCUAGCGAAGCUGGCCACACAGGUAUCCUGAAGGCGCUGUACGACAGGGGCCUGUCGCGCUGUCUGGUCAAGUUGCAGCUGCUCUUGUCAGCGGAGAGUUGCAACGUGGAGGGCGUGCGCCUCGCUCUGAAGCAGACUUCCAGCUGGGGUGGCGCAUGGAGUGACUUGCACUGCGUGGCGAUCAAGGGCAGUGGCACGGCUGUGAGGACGGUGCUGACUGCCGGCGUCGACCCGAACGCCCGCGACGCUAACGGCGACACCCCGCUGCACGCCGUGGCUGCCGCGGGCUGCCCGGGGGCGGCGGAGGCGCUGGUGGAGGCCGGCGCAGACGUGGACGCCGCCGACUCGAGCGGCUCGACGCCGCUGCACUAUGCGGUGCGCGUGGGUAACCUCGAGGUGGCGCGCGUGCUGUUGGCCGCGGGCGCCGACGUGGAGUUGAAUACUUCACUGUUGAGCGUCCUAUUCAUACCAUCACCACCACCACCACCACCACCACCAGGAGACAGAAUGGAAAGAUUCACAAGGGAGAUGGAGAUAUCAGAGGAUCAGCUGUCUAUAGAAGAAGUGAGGCAAUGGACGCCCCUACGCUUUGCUGAGGAAACAUGCGCUUGGACGUGGGUCGAGAAGUUUCUCCAGAGAGGCGUCCCUCUGAGAUAUUUGGAAGCAACAAGGAGGAAGCUCCAGAAUGUGGACUCGGCAACAGAUGUAGUGAGGACAGCGUGUGUCACAGGUCUGUUACAUCUUCUGCAGUACGCCCUCUUAGUUGACCCCUCUUUAGCAAAGGUAAGACUGGACACAGAAGGUACGACGCCGCUGCACGUGGCCGCCGCCCACAGACGAGUCGCAGUGGUGCGUGUACUCGUCGAUGCAGGCGUAGAUAUCGACUGCAAAACCGACAACGGUCGGACGCCACUGCACGCCGCAGCAUCGGUGGGUGCUGCAGACACUGUGCGCAUCUUGUUAAAAUAUGGAGCCCACUUGAGGGAGACAGAUCGAGAUGGGAAGACUGCCAUGCAGCUAGCAACGGAAAACGGUCAUUUGCACAUUGCUAAGUCGAUGGAAAUCCACGGAGGAAAUUUGAACAAGAUUAUGCGUGACUUGAUUAGGGCAGGUCUGGCAGGAGACGUGAAGACGGUGCGGGAGCUUUUGCCAUUGAGCUCUCAGGCAGGCCCCGGGGAGUGGACGCAUCUCCACUGGGGGACUAUAAGGGGCACCACAACUCUAUUGAACGCGUUCUUGGCUGCGGGGAUGGACCCGAACAUCGACGCCGCUGACUCCACCGGCUCCACGGCGCUGCACUACGCGGUGCGCACGGGGAACAUCCCCACUGUCCGUCUGCUGCUGGAGUCCGGGGCUCGGCACGACGUGAGGGACAACGACGGAGACAGCCCACUGCACCGCGCGGUCUCCAGAGGCUCGCUGGAAACUGUAAGCGCGCUGCUGGAGGCUGGAGCCAGAACGGAUGCCAAAGACGCUCAGGGAGAGACGCCCUACGAUCUCGCGCGGAGGAAGACUUCAACCUCAGGUGGGGUGUCUGCGAGUCCAGCAGCCCUGUUCAACAGCUCCGGCGUCUCUUCAACCUCCCGUUGCAGCGCAGAGCACGCCAUCGUCAGAGCCGUCAGGUCAAACACAUGUUUCAAGAGCCAGCAUGCGGAGUAA